AUGUACCAACGUCUACCGGUCAUCUCCCCAUUGGCUCCUGCGGCGAUUCGGCUCUUGCAGUUUGCUGAUGAGAGUUUCUCCCGUGAGCAGAUGUUUGACGUUGUGUCUGAUGUCAGAGAAUAUCGGCAUUUCAUACCAUGGUGUCGGCGGUCAGACAUUAUUGAAAAUACAUGGAACGCCACCGGAAUAGCUCGCCGAGCGUCGAAAAUCGGAUUUCCACCACUGAACGAGUAG